ACACGGUGUUAUUAUUCAUGGCUAAUAAUACAAUGACAAAUAAAAAAGUUAUUAAACAGGUCAUUGUAUUAUUAGUAGGAAUAACAAACAUGACAUGAGAGUUUCUCUCCAUAUGAUCAUGAUGGAUACAUGGUCAAAACCGAAAGGGCCUACAAUCAACAACCACUGAUGAUGUGCUCCAACUUAGGGAGUUUAACAUGCCACCUCUCUUCAUCAAUGAAAACUAAUGUUACUUGAAGAAAAAAAAAAAAAUUAGUGGGAAGAAAAUCACUUGUGGCAUCAAGAAGAUUGUUUACUAUCUGAAGGCCCACAUAGGAGUUCAAAAGAACAACAGCCUUAUUUCAAUUUAAAAAUGAGAAAUACCUAAAAAACUUGAUCCUACCAACUGGUGGUUGCAUGUGUCACUUCACCAAAAAGACUUAAAGUUCAAGGUAACCUGUUCAAAUACUUCACCAAGAAAAUGUCUUUUAACAAUCAAACAUAAACCAUAGCCAUCAUCUUCAUCACCUCUCCCAAAAUGACAAGGCACCAGCUCUCUCUUGACCGUCGAAUCCAAUCCCUCUUCCCGGUUGCGUUGGCUUCUCUGCUUGUCCUUGGGACUGCAAAACUAGUGCUCGACGCCUUGAAGACCAAUGACAGCUUUGUCUUUCAGCUAUAUGGCAGGCCAAGAGGUCAACAACAGAGUCCGGCAGUUGUUGUUUCCCCUGAGGACAGGAUUGAUGAAAGUUGCAAUGUGUUUGAAGGGAAAUGGGUGUGGGACAAUGUGUCCCAUCCACACUAUACAGAAGAGAGCUGUCCUUACUUGGUAAAGCAAGUUACUUGCCAAAGAAAUGGUAGGCCUGAUUCUUACUAUAAGAAUUGGAGGUGGCAACCUAAUGACUGCAACCUCCCAAGGUUUGAUCCAUUGAAGCUAAUGCAGAUUUUGAGGGGUAAAAGGCUGAUGUUUGUUGGAGACUCUGUACAGAGAGGGCAGUUUGAAUCCCUAGUCUGUAUGGUUCAAUCUAUAAUUCCUCAAGGAAAGAAAUCUCUCCAAAGGGCCCCUCCCAGAAAGAUCUUCAAAGUUGAGGAGUUUGAUGCAUCCAUUGAAUACUAUUGGGCUCCAUUUAUUGUGGAGUCGAUUUCGGACCAUGCAACAAAACAUACUGUACUGAAACGGCUGGUGAAGCUAGACUCUAUAGCUAAGCAUGGAAAACACUGGGAAGGAGUAGAUAUCUUGGUGUUCGAGAGCUAUGUAUGGUGGAUGCACAAGCCUACCAUCAAUGCUACAUAUGGAUCUCCUGAUGUCCAAGAAUAUAAUGUCACUACAGCAUACAGACUGGCGUUACAAACUUGGGCAGAAUGGUUGGAAUCCAGCAUCAACCCUGAGAGACAAAAGGUCUUCUUCAUGAGUAUGUCUCCAACACAUUUAUGGAGUUGGGAAUGGAAGGCUGGAAGUGAUGAGAACUGCUUCAACGAGUCUUACCCAAUUCAAGGUUCAUAUUGGGGUACUGGUUCAAACAUGGAAAUCAUGGAAAUGAUACACGACCAAAUACAGGAUUUGAAAGUGAAGGUAACAUUUUUGAAUAUUACCCAGUUGUCAGAGUACCGAAAAGACGCACAUACAUCCAUAUACGGGGAACGCAAGGGGAAGCUCUUGACAAAGGAACAAAGAUCUGAUCCUAAAAAUUUUGCUGAUUGCAUUCACUGGUGCCUACCUGGGGUUCCUGAUACAUGGAAUGAGAUUUUGUAUGCACAUUUGUUAAAGAGCCAUCAAAAUCUUUUGUAAGUUGAAUUAAACAGUUGAGCCUUGGAUAAAAUCUAUGAGAGGUACAUUUGUAUGUUAAUAUUGAGGAUCAAUAGUGCAGCAUUUUGCGAGGAAGAAGAAAAGGAAAUGACACCUGCGA